GGAGAGACCGAGAACGGGAGAAGGGCCGCCAUUAUUGGGAAGCUGAAAAAACACAUUAACACACACAUUCACACACGCACCAUCACUGAAUUUCGCCUUUAUGCUGCGAGAAGUCCUUUUUUCGCUGGAGACCUGCGCUGUUCUCCACAGACCGCGCGUUGACGGCUGAAAGGUGUGAUAAACAUGGACAACUCGAGAUGUUUUGGACACAACAAAGGAAAUUAUAAGUGCUCAAAAACAACGUGGUGAACCCAAGGGAAGACACAACGAUACAAAGCUGUUUUUCCCCCUCUCUCAAACUCCCUCUCUCUCUUUCAACGCCCCCAACCUUUCCAACAAGAAACGGUGAUCUGAUGGUUUUCCUCGAUGCCUUUUCUUGUCUUUUGUGCUGCAUUUGGGAAGAGAAACGCAAAUCAGAUUGUUGAAAACUUUCAGAAUACGAUCAGUCAUUGAACGAAGAGAUUGUGCCGCCAUCGGACGGCUGAAGAAGGGAAACGCCGAUGUUUAUGGGACUACUGCUGGACUAUUUUUAUUGUUAUUCCUCAUCUUGAUGAAUUUCUGAGCCGGUUACUGCUGCUGCAGAUAAAGGAGUGAAAGAGAAGAGAGAGGGAGGCAUGCUGUGGGUCAGAUCCAGGCUGGGCAAACCUGAAACCUACAAUAUUUCUGUGUCAAAGUGCCCCUGAAGAGAGGAGAUGGGCUGGAAUAUUACCACCUGCAGCACACCCGCCUAAGGGACUCCUCUCCCCCACCCUCAAACCCCAAGCCUCUGCCAAAAUCAUGAAUGGCCAGAUGACUGUGGAUUUAUAGUUUGAUCAAGGGGAUUGGACAUACUAACCCUACAUGGAAAAAGAAACCCUAAAGCAACUUUAAGGAUCGUUAGAAAUAAAUUAUUUUCCAGGCCUGAAAUCAUUUGAAUGGAACCUCAGCCCAGCAGCUUUCAAACUAGAGCUUCUGGGAAUGGCAAGAUGAGCGCUGUCAUUCGAUAAUGAUGGCAAAAAAACAAGAUGCCCGGGCACCAACCUACAACCUUGUUGUGGUAGGUUUGUCCGGAACUGAAAAGGAGAAGGGGCAAUGUGGGGUAGGCAAGUCCUGCCUUUGUAAUCGCUUUGUUCGCCCCAGUGCUGAUGACUUUUAUUUGGACCACACAUCUGUUUUAAGCACAAGUGACUUUGGUGGUAGAGUGGUAAACAAUGACCACUUCCUGUUUUGGGGCGAGGCGGUACGAAUGUUGGAGGAGGGCGCUGAGUGUCGAAUGCAUGUGGUGGAACAGACAGAGUUUAUUGAUGACCAGACGUUCCAGCCACAUCGAAGUACUGCCUUACAGCCCUAUAUCAAGCGGGCAGCUUCCAACAAACUGGCCUCUGCUGAGAAGCUUAUGUAUUUCUGCACAGAUCAGCUUGGACUAGAGCAAGAUUUUGAGCAAAAGCAAAUGCCUGAAGGCAAGCUUUUAGUGGAUGGAUUCUUACUCUGUGUAGAUGUGAGCAGGGGUAUGAACCGGAACUUUGAUGACCAGAUGAAGUUCGUCUCCAAUCUAUAUAACCAGCUAGCUAAGACCAAGAAGCCAGUUGUACUUGUGUUGACCAAGUGUGAUGAAGGGGUUGAGCGGUACAUCAAAGACUCUCACACCUUUGCCUUGACCAAGAAGAAUUUGCAGGUUGUCGAGACUUCAGCACGCUCCAACGUCAAUGUUGACCUUGCUUUCCUUACCAUGGUGCAGUUGAUAGAUAAGAGUAGAGGGAAACCCAAGAUCAUCCCUUACUUUGAAGCCCUCAAGCAGCAGAGUCAGCAAAUAGCAUCCGCUAAGGACCGCUAUGAGUGGCUGGUUAGUCGCAUUGUGAAGAACCAUAAUGAAACAUGGCCCAACACCAAUCGUAGAAUGCAGACAUCACCUGAAUACAAAGAGUAUGUUUUCCUUGAGGGUACUUCCAAGGCCAAGAAACUAUUCCAGCAACAUGUACACAGACUCAAGCAAGAGCACAUAGAAAAGCGGCGUAAAAUAUAUCUUAGCACACUUCCACAGGCUCUCAACUCAUUGGUUCCAUGCCUGGAGGAGAUUGACCACCUAAGCUGGUCAGGAGUACAGAAAGUUCUCGAGAAUAAGCGGGAAUUCUCUCACUGGUUUGUCAUAUUGGAUGACACACCAUGGGAAAUAACACCACACAUUGACAACAUGGAGGAUGAACGCAUUCCCCAGGACCUUUUGGAAACCCCUGCAGCAGAGGCAAUCUAUGUGAGUCACUUAGAACACCUGCGCAAUGAGCGAAAGAGAGCCGAAAUGCGUUGGGAGUUCAAAGAGAAACUUGCAUCCUCACUAUUUGUUACACCCGGCAAACCCUGGGAGGAAGCUCGUAGCUUUAUCAUGAACGAGGAGUUUUAUCAGUGGCUGGAGGAGCCAGAGUACCUUGAUAUCUAUAACAAAUACCAGAAGAUUAUUAUUGACCAAGCCAAAGAGGACUUCCAAGAACUUUUACUGGAGUACUCUGAAUUGUUCUAUGAGCUUGAAGUUGAUGCUAAGCCCAGUAAAGAGAAAAUGGGUGCCAUCCAAGAGGUUCUUGGAGAGGAGCAGAGGUUCAAGGCCCUCCAAAAGCUUCAGGCUGAGAGAGAUGCCCUAGUGCUCAAGCAUAUCCAUUUUGUAUACCACCCAACUAAGGAAACCUGUCCUUGUAGUCCACAUUGUGUGGAUGGCAAAAUUGAGCAACACUUAGCCCUUCGUUUUCCCACUCGAUAUUCCUUCGAUGGGAGCUCAAAAUCACAGUUUGGUGAGGGAAAGGUAGAUAGAAUCAAUCUUGUAAUUCUUGGCAAAGAUGGUCUUGCAAGAGAGUUAGCUAAUGAGAUCAGAGCACUGUGCACCAACGAUGAACGGUACGUUCUAGAUGGAAGGACAUAUGAACUGGCUCUUAGACCUAUAGAAGGAAAUGUACGCCUUCCAGUAAACUCCUUCCAUACACCCACUUUCACCCCACAUGGUUGCAUCUGCCUCUACAACUCAAAGGAAUCCUUAUCCUACGUUGUCGACAGUAUUGAGAAAUUACGAGAAUCAACCAUAGGCAGAAGGGACACUAAUCUAGGUCAGCUUCCCUUGUCUCUCCUGUUGGUCACCAAAAGAGGUGUUGGUUCAAUUUCUGACAUUGGGGGGGAAACAGCACAAAGCCUUAUCCAACAUGGUCAACAAGUGGCUAGCAAAUUUCAGUGCAGUUAUUUAGAGCCUGCUUCCCCAGGUGUGGGCUAUAGUCGCAAUAUAAAUGAAAAACAUUUAAACCAGAUCCUCAAAGGUCUGUUAGACACACGAAGACCGUCAGUUAGCCUUGGCAGUAGCUCCCCACCCUUGUUGCCUGCACUUGCAGGUUUCAGAGACUCUCAGCAGAGCACAGAGGCUGACUUACGAAUUGUAAUGUGUCUAAUGUGUGGAGAUCCUUAUGAUGUUGACCAGCUUCUUUCCCCAUUCUUUCUGCCCCAGCACUGUCGUCCCUCUUCCAAUUUAUCCAGUGGAACAUCAGUUUUGUUGGAUUUAUCUGUUGGUGGCCAAAGGCAAAGCAUUGAUCUCGCUGUUCUUUCUUACCACUCAUCCUUUUCCUUACGUAAAAGCAAAUUGGUGCAUGGUUAUAUAGCAGUGUACUCAGCCAAACGGAAGGCUUCCAUGGAAACCCUUUGUGCCUUCCUUUGUGAGGUCCAAGACAUAAUUCCAGUGCAGUUGCUUGCUGUUGCAGAGACUCAAUCAGAACUCGCAGACUCUGAUGUCAGAGAGCAGCUUGCUCAAGGGGAGGAACUGGCCCAUGAAAUUGAUGCACGUUUCAGCUCUGUGAUCUGUGGACCUGGUGGUGUGGUGGGAGGCUUGCAUCGGAUAGACCACUUCCAGCCAUUCUUUAAGGAGGUAUUGGAGAAAAAAACCAUUGUAGAGGCAACACAUAUGUAUGACAAUGUUGCAGAGAAUGUCACCAGUGAAAAUGUUUCUUCACCUCGAUGUGGCUCUCCAAGCACCACGUUGCUGGAUUCAGAGGAUGACAUUGAGCCCUCCCCACCUUAUCCCUCAUUACGGGAUGACGGCACCUUGACCCAUGGUGGAGGUUUCAAGCUCCCUGAUUUGGAGGGUGAUCCCUUCUCGCUCAUCUCUGACAUCAACACUUUUGAAAACAAGCUUAACAACAAAGUCCCACCUCAGGUGCGACCAAAGCCCAAUGUCACCUUUGACAUUCCCAAAUCCCAAAACAGUUCAUACAUGGACCUGGGCCUGGGCCUACAUGGACCUAACAGGCGCUCAUUAGUCACCUGGCCACCAGGAACUGAAGGUGGUUAUGAUCCAUCUGACUAUGCUGAGCCCAUGGAUGCAGUAUCAAAGCCUCGUCCCACAGAGGAGGAGAAUAUUUAUUCUGUACCACAUGACAGCACACAGGGCAAGAUCAUCACUAUUCGCAAUGCAAACAAGAGUCAUUCCAAUGGUGCAGGAAAUGGAUCAGACAGCGAGGCUGAUAGCAGUUCAUUAGAGCGUAGACGAAAGCUGUCUGCUCUUGGAGUUAAACCUAGGCUGUAUCGUGAUCGCUCCAAACGACUUGGGAAGUUUAGCAGCUUCCGCACAAGCUUUAUUGGCAGUGAUGAUGAGCUUGGAGGUCUCCCCAAGACUAAAGAGGAUGAGCUUGGUGCACAGAAAGGGGACAGUUCCUUAAAUGAAGAAGGCGAGGACCCAAAGAGGAGGAAUAUCUUGAGAAGUCUUGGUAGAAGGACUACAAAGAAAACGCGGCCAAAGGGUCGUCAGUCAUCAUUGUCCAAACCUCCGGAGAGUAACUACUUUGGAGUUCCCUUGGCCAACGUUGUCUCGGCUGAGCGGCCUAUUCCACUCUUCAUCGAAAAGUGUAUCCGUUACAUUGAGAUUACAGGGUUGAGCACAGAGGGAAUCUACAGGGUGAGUGGAAAUAAGGCGGAGAUGGAAAGCAUGCAGCGGCAGUUUGACCAGGACCCUAACAUUGACCUGAUCGAGAAGGACUUGUCUGUGAACACAGUGGCUGGAGCAAUGAAGAGCUUCUUCUCUGAGCUGCCCGAUCCUUUGGUACCCUACAGUAUGCAGGUGGAGCUGGUGGAGGCCUUCAAAAUCAGUGAUCGAGAGCAUCGUCUCCACACCAUGAAGGACGUGCUUCGCAGAUUCCCUCGAGAGAACUACGACCUCUUCAAAUACGUCAUCACUCACCUGCACAAGGUGAGUCAAAACCACCGCCUGAACCUGAUGACCAGCGAGAAUCUGUCCAUCUGCUUCUGGCCGACGCUAAUGCGGCCCGAUUUCACCACCAUGGACGCGCUGACGGCCACACGCACCUACCAGACAAUCAUCGAGACCUUUAUCCACCAGUGUGCUUUUUUCUUCUACAAUCAACCCCUGGCCGACACCCCCAGCGGCCUCCCCGGACAGCCCGCCUCCCCUAGCACCACCUUGUCUUCAGCCUCCUCCAUACCAAGCUCUGCCUACUCCGCCUGUUACGCCCCACUACACCCCAUAGCUCCACCCUUCAGCCACGGCCAACAGUCCCCGCCGCAUUCCCCACCACACACCCCUCAAUCCCCAAUCCAGAGCCUGCUCCCUCCACUCCACCCGCAUCACACCCCUACGGAACAACACACGCUGUGAACCUGCAGACGAGGAGGAGCACUGAAUGAGAUUCAUUGAACGGAAGAAAUUUGAGGAGAUGUGCCUCACUUCAAGGGGUCAAGAGUCCAUGAGAUGCGUCGCCCUCUUUCUGCAUCAUGCUUCUCCAUAUUAUGCUCCUCACACACACACACACACACAUAUAACUGCACAUGAAGUGUGGUACCCCCAAACUCAGAUUUCUUAUGGGUCCGUAGUUGUUUUUUGGCAGCCAAUGGGUUGCAUGAACAAACUGGCUGAACCCCACCUCGUAAUCGGGUGACCACUGUACGCAACCUACUAUGAUUAUAAGCGGGCCAACUGGAUGGCCUAUAUAUUCAUUCAGCUUUCGACCAUUGUUACGAUCAGAUUACGAAAUAGAAAUGCUUUUUUUAUGAUGCAGCAACACAACCAACUUAUUUAUCUUGUUUCGCUUGCCUUUUACAGAGGGACAAACAUCAAGACAAAACUAGAACUUGACUAACUGGAUCCAGUUUUGCUGGAUGGAUGUAUGUGGAAUGCUUUUGAACAGCAUUCUGGGAUUUGAAGUCUUUUCCUCACCUGUAUCUCUCGUCACAUGGGCGUCCAGAACAUGCUGGAAGACUAAUGCUUCUUUUAUUGCAGAAUGUCCUCACAACCCUCGAUUUCCUGUUCCACGGGGGUCUUCGACUUCGUUCAGUGUCUGUUCAUUUGGGAGCCGUGUUAUUUUUCUUAAUACACGUUUGCAGGAAGUCCCUUAGAUUUGUGGACUGCUUUUUGUGCAAAUGAAUUGAGCGGUGGGUUAUAAGUUGUAUUUGGAGGGGAGGUGUGCACUAAAUCAAUGUGAGUUAUGGAAGGUAAAGGAAAGUUUGCACUAGAGGAGACGCUGCCUAUCUGUACCUAUUCAGAUGGCAGUGAAUCAGUGAACUUGAAGCCUAGAGGAGGAAGAUAGUGGUAUAGCUGGGUGGAAUUAAUGGCUUUCAGGAAAGAUAAAGUCUUUAGUGUUUGAUAUCAGACAGGGCGAUUUUAUGCUGAAUAUGAGCUUGCAGUUAGUGGCUUUUUCAAGACUAACUAAAUAUCUGUACUUCAGAGUUGACCUCAGAAGGAUGACAUUGUUUAUAAAACCCAAAAGUUUUAAAAAGAAAGAUUAGCGGAAGAAGUUGACGUGACUAGACUUUUCCCUUUGUCGGCUCUUGGAGCGCAACACUACCACCCAGUGGUCAAAGCAGGUAUUGCAUGGUAAAUCUCAGCUCGUUUUCGUUCUAAUGCUACAUUCUUGUUUGUUUUACUAGAAAAUGCUGGAUGCAUUUAAAGUCACAGAUUCACUAUGUAGCAAAAGAAAGACUAAAACAAAACAGAAAUCAGUUGACAUUCAAGGAAUGGUUUAUAACAAUAUUCAUCUGCACUUAUACCUUGUCUACUCCCUCCAAAUUAGAUCAUUAUCUAUGAUUUUUGUGUUGAUUUGAACAUGGUUUUCAAGUGGAACAGACAUUGUGAGACUGUGAAUUAGUCACGAAUGUAUCCCACUACAGAUUUCACUUCAUUGUGUGCAUAUCUUUCCCUGUAAUACAUGUUAACUCUCACUAAGCAGUAAGUGAAUCACAACUGCCCCCUUUUAACUUGUCAGUUGACAUCUAUUGGCUGUGAUGAGCAACUCUGCUUAAACACUACAUCUUUUGCCCUCAGAGAGCAGAAGUAACGGUAUAUUUUGGGAAAUCGGGAGCUGUGUGGCCUAUAUGCCCCUGGUACUUUGUGUAUGAAUGCUGCAUUCUCUGUGUAUUUUCAAUGUAUAUUCUUUCAGAGGCAACUGUCCUUCGCAGCCAAAGACUGCAAAAAAAAAGAAAAAAGAUGAAUUAAAAAAGGGCAGGGGAGACCUGAAAAGCGACAUGACAAAUGUGUAUUAAAGAUGUGAUAUUUGGUUCAGCAAUCAGAUUUGGCUGCAUCACUUUAUUUUUUGUUUCAUUUUAUUUUUUCAACAAUGGUGACAGAUUGUCUGUUAAGUUAAAGGAGAAAGGAGCAAAACUAUAUUCAGAAUGGUUUAUUUGUACGUUAGGGGGUCUGACACUUUGCCCUGUAGCCAAUGGUGAUAGAAAAUGUUUUCUUUUUAUGUUUUCUUUUAAUAAUUAAAAAAUGAGACUUUUUUUAACUUUUUUUUUUUUUUGUGAAUGGUGUAAAGGCCACAAUGAUGUAGUGCAUGAUUCAAGACCAGGUCAGGGAGAGGGCUCUACCACUCUUCAGUAUUAUAAAAGGAAGAAAAAAAAUGAACAAAGAAAAAAAAAAUCGAAUGGAAAAAAUAAUGAAAUAAAUGAAGUUACAUCAACAACAACAAAAAAAAACGUCAUUAUUUGCCAAGGAGUUGGUAAUUGGUCUCAAUGGGAAUGGUGUAUAAACAGUAAAGGCCUUCUGUGACCUGUAUUAUAGUUAAUAAAUCAAUCUUGUUAAA